UACAUAUCAACAUCAACUUGCAACAAAAAUUUCGUUUUUCUUUUCAUUUCUUGAAAGAAAAGGAGGCAGAAAUUACUUGGUCAACAAAACGAUUGAGAAGAAGUGAAGUCUGUAGCUGUUUGGACCUGAAUUCUUUAUCAAAUUCGUUUAUAUAUAUGUGUUUGCAAUAUUUGUGAUUGGGUUAUUGAAAUAAUUGAAACCAGAGCAAGCCAAACGACAAGGCAAUAGAAAACUAACCAGAUGUUUGCUUUCUGGCUUGUGUUUUUGUCAUUAACAUCUCCAACAACAGCUAAAGGUUCACCAGAUGUAGUCUCUGGUUGUGCUGACACGUGCGGCAAUGUUCAUGUUCCAUACCCAUUUGGAAUCAACAUCACACCAGAGAUAAGUGAUCCUAGAUGUGCCUUAAAUAACUCUGAAUUCAUGUUUACUUGCAAUUCUAGUUACAAUCCUCCUCAACUAUUUUUUGGUGAAAACAUGCCUAUUCACAAUAUCUCGGUGGAAGAAGGCACAAUCUCUGUAAGAAUUGAUGCAGCAUAUAACUGCUACAACAAUACAGGGUUGAUCAAUAACUUCAUACAGUCCAUCAGGUUGGGAAGUGGCCCAUUCAGGUUCUCGGAUUCUCGUAACAAGCUAACUGUUGUUGGGUGUGAUACCUUAGCCCUCAUGGAAGAUGCAGCACAGACUUUCGGUAGUGGCUGUGUAUCUCUAUGUGGUAAGAACAUGACUCUACAGGGUUCCUGCUCAGGUUUUGGGUGCUGUCAGACUCCAAUACCACGGAGUCUCAAGACAUUAAAUAUUAGUCUUGCAAGUCCAAGAAACCACAGCACAGUUUGGCAAUUCAACCCCUGUGAAUUUGCCUUUCUAGCGGAUGAAAGGACUUACAAUGUUUCUGAUCUGCAGCUUUCUUAUAAUCCAUUUUCUCCUGCAACUAAAGGAUUUGUAAAUUCAGAUGUUGUGAUUGAAUGGGUAGUAAGGGAGGAAACAUGUGAAGCAGCUCAAUCAAGUUCAAACCCGAACGAAUAUGCCUGUGGCGAUAAUUCUAAUUGCUUAUACUCUGUUAAUGGCCAGGGAUAUCGUUGUGUAUGCAAAGAUGGAUUCAGAGGAAAUCCCUAUCUCCCACAAGGAUGCCAAGACAUCGAUGAGUGCAAAGAACCAGCUAAGUACAAAUGUGAUGGCACUUGCAAGAAUACUUUUGGGGGUUAUACUUGCCGCUGCCCUCUUGGGAUGCGCGGUGAUGGUAAAGUUGGUUGUCGAGGAUUUCGCGUCACAACUAUUGCUGCAGUUGUUGGAGCUAUUUUGUUGAUUAUGGUUAUUGCUUUCUUAAUCAUCAUUAUCUAUAAGAGGCGAAGAAAGGAGAGAAAUUUUCUGGAAAAUGGAGGCAUGUUGUUGAAGCAUCAACGAGUAAGAAUCUUCAGCGAAGCAGAGUUAGUAAGGGCUACCAAGAACUUCGAUGCGAGUCACCUUCUUGGAGAAGGGGGCUUCGGAUAUGUUUAUAAAGGAGCUUUGGCAGAUAAUACUCUGGUUGCAAUAAAGAAGUCUAAAGACUUGGACAAAAUUCGAUUAAAUCAGGAGUUUCAACACGAAAUUGGCAUUGUUUCGCAGGUCAAUCAUAAAAAUGUUGUCAAGAUCAUAGGCCUGUGUUUGGAGACCAAAGUUCCAUUGUUAGUUUACGAAUUCAUUUCAAAUGGUACCCUUUUCCACCAUAUUCAUCACAAGCAGUCUCAGAUAUUAGCAAACUGGAAAAAUCGCCUGAGGAUUGCUGCAGAGACUGCCCUGGCACUUGACUACUUGCAUUCUUUAGCAGAUCCUCCAAUUAUUCAUGGAGAUGUGAAGUCAUCGAACAUACUCUUAGAUGAUAGUUACACUGCAAAGGUAUCUGAUUUUGGAGCUUCAGUGCUAAUUUCCCCAGGUAAAUCUGACAUGGCUACAAAAAUUCAAGGGACUUUUGGCUACCUAGAUCCAGAAUAUCUUAUGACAGGUAAUUUAACAGAAAAGAGUGAUGUGUACAGCUUCGGGGUUGUUCUUAUCGAACUUUUAACAGGAGAGAAACCAAACUCUAGUGGGAGAUUUGGGGACAAGAGUAAUAUCAUUCAAUAUUUUCUGUCAUCUCUAGAAAAUCAUAGUCUGCAUCGGAUACUUUGUUUCAAUGUAGCUACUGAAAGUGAAAUGGAAGAAAUUGGAGUUUGUGCAGAUCUUGCAAAACAAUGCCUGCGUAGUAGUGGCAUGAAAAGGCCAACCAUGAAAGAAGUUGCUGAGGAGCUUGGCAGGUUGAGAAAGUUGAAUCAUAGUUCCUGGGAUCAUAGCCAAAAUAGCCAAGAGACAGAGUACUUAUUAGCUGAAUCAUCUUACUCCACCAUUGAAAAUGGAACUUCGAAGCUGAGCCAACGUGAAAUCCUUAGUCUCAGAACAUUUGACAUUGAGUAUCCUGCAGAUAGCAUUUGAUUUUUAUUUUUAUUUUUAUUUUUUUUUUAAAUUUUUUCUAGCUUGGCUAUUGUUGGACAGCUUUACUGGACUAAUUUCCAAACCUUUGAGGUUUGACUUUGAGUCUCAAUCAUCAAAAGUUAGCAUUUUUUUUAUUGUAGCCUAAAUUAUGUUUAGAAAUAAAUGAAUAUCAUGCGAAUUCUAUUCAUUAACAAAA